GUACAAUGUUCAAUGAUUCGAGGAAUCUCUUAACAUUUCAUUAUUGCUCUUCUUGAUUAAUUUCUAUUCAUCUAUCUAACCCAUUAUUCGCCUUUCUUCUCUCCUCUCCCCUUAUUAUAUUGCCGACUCUUUUCGCUCUCUUCACUCAAACUCUCAAGCAAUCCAAACCCUUCUUCUUGUUCUCUCUUUUCUCUCUCAAAGUUUGUGUAAAGAUGAAGAUGGGUUCUUGCGUUUUGAAAGUUUUCUUGAUCUUGGGUCUCUUGGCCGCUUCUUGCAUGGCACAGGCACCUGGUGCUUCACCAACUCCGGCACCAAAAGCAGCACCAACACCAGCGCCAAAAGCAGCACCAACUCCAUCACCAACAGCUCCGCCAACCCCAUCACCAACACCAACGUCAGCGCCUGCUCCAUCGUCUCCAGCUCCUACACCAUCUCCAAAGAAUGCUCCAACUGCUUCACCAGUUUCUCCUCCAUCUCCUGCCCCAUCUUCCCCUACCUCCUCUCCCCCUGCACCAGCAACCCCUUCACCCGCUUCUUCUCCUUCACAGACUCCAGCUUCUCAACCUCCACCCAGUGGCAACUUCGCUGCUGCUAGGUUUGAUAGAGUUAUCCUCGCUGGAACUGUAAUUGCGGGAACUUUCUUGGCCUUUACUUUGGCUUAGGAAGAGGUUUGAACUUUCAUCAUCGGCAUAAUUUAGAUCAUUUCGAUUCAUGGAGCUGGGGGUUGAUGAGAUCUGUUAUUCUGUCAUUUGUUGGUCGACUAUUAGUGGUGGUUCUUUAUUUCUCUCUUUCUUUUCAAUACGUGUUUUUUUUUUUUUUAAUGUUCAUUUUUUUCCUUCAUGUGAUUGCUUUUUAAAUUGGAUUUUGGGACGGUGAUUAUUUGGGCAUGGGGAUGUGAUUACACGUGCACGAUCUGAUGAUGGGAUGAGAGGAUGAUUAUUGUAUGUAGAAAUGGGUAUGAUGUACAUCAAAUAAAACAGUUUGCUAUUCUUUUCUAA